AUGGUGCGUCGGCGCGCGCGGGCGCCCGCGCUGUGCGCCCUGGCGCUGCUCUGCGUGGCGGCCCUCUGCGAGCGCACGGCCGCCGCCGUCGCCGCCUUCACCACGCCGCUGCCGCCGCCGCCGCCGCCCGCGCUCCCGCCCCCGCCGCCGGCCGAGCUGCGCCUGCUGGCGCGCAAGUGCUGCGCCGCGUGGGAGCACCUCGUCUACAACGCGUCCGCGGGCGACCACGUCCACGACGCUAAGCCCAAUGGAACGCUCAUUCUGUAUUCUCCAACUGCUGCCAGAGAUACUCAGCCCAGACACUUCACCCCUGAGCAAUACUGCGUGGACUCUGCCGACGAAUAUACAGGUAUCCACGGCAUUGAGCAUGUGUUUCACAUGUGUCCGUGCGUCGCGCCAUACACGUGUGUCCACAAGUGUUGCCCUGCGGGGAUGGUGAUGCGCGUCGGAAGUAAUUUGCGUUGCGUGGCGAGCACUUCUGGUGGGACGUGGUCACCAUUCGGGCAGCUCGCGGCGAACGAUUCUACUGAUUCGUUCCCGAAUGUUACGUACGAGAUCUUGAAUGGCCGCCCGCCGAAGUGCGCUACCGGGAUCGAAGUGAAGGACCCGGAGAUGUAUCCAGCUCAUGUAGUUGAUGCCUGGCUGGCCUAUCCAGAUGGAUGGAUUUUUCAGGAAAAUGGGUUCGGCAUUCUGGAUGAACGUGAUUGCUAUCAAUAUGGUUAUUUCUUUCAGGCGGGCCGAGCCGAGCGCGUGCGGGGCCACCGCGUGGACCCAGCAGGCUAUCGCGUGGGGCGGCGCUGGAGCGAUGGCCGGGGCCACCGCAGCCGCCUGGCUACUGCCCGACCUCCCCGCCUGGCUGCCACGCCCCCUGUUGCGCGCCACACGCCUCUGCUACCACGACGCCCUCCUUUACUCUUCGAAAUGGGGAAGUUUGCUGUACUUCAUCGCACCUAUUGGAACCCUAUUGAUUGUCUACAUUGGCCUGAUCACAUACAUCACUAUACGCCAUCGAACGCCCGACCUGGAGAAGACACAUCUACUCAAUAAGGAUAUCUACAUAAAUAGACCUUCGAGAAGG